CUGAGUCUCCCCCGCUCUCCGUCUUACAGAGCCACCAUCUCUCUGACUCCGAUGCUGUUCCUCUUCUUACCAUCUUCGACUCUCAAUUGAUUCAGUUGGAGGAAAAAUCGUCGUCGUCCGAGAAUUGCGUUUGAAAAAACAUGAAAGCUGCUAAGACUCGCGCACUCCUCGCAUUGCUGUCGAUCUGCGUUUUCUCCGUCGCCGGAUCAGCUUCCUCCUCUCUCCCCAGGGAUCCGUUCGUCGGGAUUGCUCCUGAAGAUUUGAAGUAUUACGAGUCGUCGGAUGUGAUCAAGUGCAAGGACGGAUCGAAGAAGUUCACUAGAGCUCAGCUCAACGACGACUUCUGCGAUUGCCCCGACGGAACCGACGAACCAGGAACAUCAGCAUGCCCAGGUGCAAAAUUUUACUGCAGAAAUGCAGGACAUAUUCCCGUGUUACUUUAUUCUUCAAGAGUGAAUGAUGGUAUUUGCGACUGUUGUGAUGGGAGCGACGAGUACGAUGGCAAGGUAAAUUGCUCAAAUACAUGCUGGGAAGCCGGAAAAGUUGCUAGAGAUAAGUUGAGGAACAAGAUUGCAACGUACAAAGACGGUGUCACCCUACGUAAACAGGAAGUUGAACAAGCAAAGUUGGGUCUUGCAAAGGAUGAGGCAGAGCUGACGAAGCUUAAAAAUGAGGAGAAAAUACUGAAAGGGCUUGUACAGCAGCUUAAAGAGCGUAAAGAACAAAUAGAGAAGGCAGAGGAGCAAGAACGGAAAGAAAAAGAAGAAAAGGAAAAGAAAGAAGCUGAGGAGAAAGCCGAGAAGGAGAAAACAAAUACCAAGGAGGAAGCUAAACAGGAGAAAGAGGAAGGCGAAAUAAAAGAUGAAAUUGAGGAAAGAGGCAUUGAUAGCACGGACCACGAGAAAAUUGGGCUAGUAGAGGAUUCACCUUCUAAUCAGAAUGUGGAGGAGUUUGAAACGUUGGAAGAGGUUGAAAACGACGAUAAUGCAGUAAGCCAAGGACAACAGGCUAAUGGUGUGGACCAGCAUGUAGUGGAAGACAAAGAUGAAUCUACUUCCCAAGUAAGCCAAAAAGAGCCUGGAAUUGCCGCGGAAGAUGAAAUGCGCUCUGAUCGGGUGACAGUGAGUAAUAAUGAUUUAUCUGAGGAUACUGAAGCACUUUCAAAGGAAGAGUUGGGCCGGCUUGUUGCUUCUCGUUGGACGGGAGAGAAGAUUGAGAGGGAAGGUAAGGACCAUUUUUCAGAAGAUAAUGAAGGAGAAAACCAUGAAGAAACGUCAAAAGAUGCACAUGAUGAAGAAGAUGACGGAUAUGCUUCUGAAGCUGAUGAUGACGACCAAAGAUAUGAGGAGGAUGAUGUAGAAGAUGAUGGAGACGAGGAUGUGCCUGUGGAAGAUCAUUAUGAUCCUAGCUCAUCUCAUGAGUCUCAAUCAGAUGAUGAAUUAGACCUGUCAGAUACAACCACUCAGACUAGUCCAUCUUGGUUGGAGAAGAUACAGCAAACUGUUCGAAGCAUUCUCCAGGCUGUCAAUCUUUUCCAGACUCCAGUGGACAAAUCUGAGGCUGCUCGUGUACGUAAGGAGUAUGAUGAAUCCAGUGCCAAGUUGUCUAAAAUAGAGUCGAGAAUAUCAAAGUUAUCAGAUAAGCUGCAAUAUGAUUUUGGGAAAGAUAAGGAGUUCUAUUCAUUCUAUGGACGUUGUUUUGAGAGCAAACAAAAUAAGUAUGUUUACAAAGUCUGCCCCUUUAAACAAGCUUCACAGGAGGAGGGCCACUCCACGACUCGACUGGGGCACUGGGACAAAUUUGAUGAUGCAUAUCGGAUCAUGAUUUUUUCAAAUGGCGACAGAUGCUGGAAUGGUCCUGAUAGAAGUUUGAAGGUACGACUAAGAUGCGGGUUGACAAAUGAGGUUACUGAUGUAGAUGAACCAAGUCGCUGCGAAUAUGUAGCAUUACUAUCUACUCCUGCUCUUUGUUUGGAAGACAAACUAAAGGAGCUACAACACAAGUUGGAACUGAUGGAGAAUGAACAACCGCGACCUCAUGAUGAACUUUAACUGGUGGAACUGGAUUGAUCUCCAUGAUCAUUAGCUCACCAACUUGACUGGUCCAUCACGAUUUUUUUUUAACAGGCUUAGUUGGUCGACUGCUAAGCAUAAAGAGGCAAAACCGCAUCCCUUAUAGUUUGGACUGGAGGUUCCAUCAAAUUCAAAAUGACUGCAUUUUCCUCCUUGCGGCCCAACCUUUUUGCACUCAGGUCUCUAACCACAGGUCGAAACUGCUUGAUGCCAUUCAUUGUAGAACGGCAGU